GGCCGUGGAAGCGGUAAGGAAGAGGAGCCGCUCGCGGGCGGUGAGGCGCGCGAGUCAUUUCUGCCAUAGGAGCUGCUCGGAUUCCCAGGAGCCGCCCUCCAACGUGGGGGCGUGGUGAAGAGCGAUUGUGUCGAGAGCAUCAGAAUGCCGGGUGGCGUCAUAGGGAACUAUGGUUGCCAUGGCGACCGGAAUCUGGAACCGCACAUUCGAAUAUCAUGCCUAAAGGGAGGAAUAGGAGCUGAACGAGGGAACCUUCAUACCUUUAUUUCUGCUCUGCUCAUAGCGUCUUGGUUUUCAGGCUGCUGCAAACUCAGAUUGGAAAGGACUGCUUCAAUUCAUGGUUGGCUCUCACCCCACAAACAUAGUUUUGCCUACUUGAGAAUGUUGUGACGUUCUAAACAAUUCAUCCAGCAAGAUGGCAGGGGUGCUGCUGUGUGAACCAACUGAACUAUAUAACAUCCUGAACCAGGCGAUAAUGCAUUCCAGGUUGACAGAGCCAAACUAUUUAUGUUUAUUGGAUGCUCGUACGAAGCGGGAAUACUACGAAAACCACCUGAUAACAGCCCUAAGAGUGAAACAGAAUCUAUUGGGCAAAUAUGUACCUCCGCUGUCCAUUGACCUGGCGUGCGUCCGAUACGUUAUCGUGUACGAUGGCAGAACAGAUUCUUUGGAAGCUGCUUUUAACAUGGAUUAUGACUUACCAGAACUGGAUGAAGAACUAAAAGACUGUGAAGGGGAUCCAGAAGCCUUGCUUAAAAAACGCAAGCUGUCACCUAAAUUUAAUGCCAAACAUGGAUCUGCUGCACGCUGCGCCAGAGUCAUGCAGCGGUAUACCCGCUUCCCUGUCCAGGUCCUGAGAGGCGGGUAUGAGCUCUUCACCACCCGUUUCCAUUUCCUGAGGACUGAGAAGGUAUUCUGGAUGCCUCAGGAACUAGAGGAAAUCCUGCCUUACCCAGUUGAGAUCAUUCCAAGCAAGCUAUAUAUGGGGAAAUACAAGCAAGCUUGCAAUCGGCAGAUACAGAAGGAUCUGAGAAUCAUAGCCCAUAUCAACGUCACCGAGGAGAAGGACUUGCUCUUCCCAGAAGAUAGCAAGGACCUUCUUCACAUACCCCUUCCGGAUUCUACAGAGGCAGAUAUGUACCCCUACUUUGGGAAAAUUUGCCACUUUGUUGAUCAUCAUAUACCUAAAGGAGCAGUCCUGGUUUACUCCAUGAAGGGGAUAAGCAGGUGCAGCGCUGCAGUGAUGGGCUACCUCAUCCAUUCAUGCAGCCUUUACUUAAAAAAUGCUUGGAACUACGUCCAGAAGUGCAAAAUGAACAUGCGGCCAAACCGAGGGUUUGUGCAACAGCUAGCAAAGUGGGAACGCCAGAUCUACAUGACAACAAUCACUGACGUCUCUGAGCCUUUUUACUGACCAAAUCAGCUGGCAAAGAAGAGUUUUGGAAUGUUGAUUGUAGGGGCAGUGGACUUUUGGGGGAUGCUAUCGGGAAGCUUUUUCUUUUCUUUUUCAAUCUCUUUACUUGCUUUUUAAUGAACUUGUCCUGAAGUGCUUAUUAUCUGUGCUGGAGGCAAUAUUAAGGACUUCUGUGAGUUUCAGUGAGGAAUAAAGAGGAGAGUUUGGAUCCCAA